CUGCGUCUGAUUACCAUGAUGAAUAAAGUCUCCUUCAUCAUGGGAAGCAGUCCUCAUGUAGGACCUCCCUGUCGUACUAACACGAAACCCGUCGCCGAAUUCUGCCCAGAGCCAUUGUCUAAGUCACCCUUUGACGAAACUAUGCAACAAAACUUCUCCAUGACGUCCCGCAUCAAGGACUACCUCGGACUACCAGUGCCAUCAGAGACCCACCAGAUCAUCUUGGAGAGUAUUCGCUGGUUCAGUGUCCUCGUGGGGUUCCAGCCAGGCGGAAGAAAUGGCGUAUCAACCUCAUGGAAAUCUGUUAUUUUCGCGGUGAUAUAUACCCUCGUCCCCUUAUUUCUUACCUUCUGCUAUUUGUUCGUCCACCAAAUCUCUUCCUGGGGAUCGCAGACGAACCAAUCACUCACUUUAUGGAUUGGAGAAUCCAUGUACAGCCUCACACUGAGUUGCAAUUCGUGUGUAACACUAGCCUCGUUCUGGUACCAUCGCAACACUUUCGUUUCACUCCUGGAGGAUUUACGAGAGUUGCAAGUUGAUUCUCUCGGAAUGACAUUUUUCUUCAAGCUCCUUUCCUUAAUAAUCUACCUGUCUUUAGCUUCAUUCAUGAAUAUACGGUGGUAUUUGGAAACGUUCGAGUUUAGGAAUAUGUUACUGGCCAUACUUUUCUUAAUUUCUUUCAACUGGUUACUGAUCGUCGUCGUGUCCACUGUUGCCUUCCAAAUAACGCUAGGGACAGUCCUCCUGGGAGCCUUUCGAACGACGAACAGGAAGAUGCGAGAGGCCUUGAUCUUUGAGAAGAAAAACAAUGCCACCCGCGCUCUCAGACACGUCUACAGGGAGCUCCUCAGUCUUCGCAAAUUUCAGGAAGUUCUGAGCGAAAUAAUGGCGCUUCCUCUCCUCGGUCUUUACGUGUACACAUUUUAUUCCCUCACCAACUCGCUGUUCUACCUGACCUACUGCAUCUUCUAUGGAGGAGACACAGGCUGAAAUACCGGGAUUCAUCGUCAUGGAUGCCACCAUGGUGGUGAUGGUGUCAGCCAUGGGUUAUACUGCAGACUCCCUUCAAAAGCAGGCAUCUGCUGGCAUCGGGAUUUUAACAGACCAGGAACGAAUGCAACUGAAUGGAAGGGAGGCUGCAGUGGAUCCCCUGUGGACUGAAGACCCACUAAAGAUGGCGAUUUAUAAGCUAUGCUCUCAACCACUUUCCUUCGAUGUCUGUGGCAUUUUCGUCAUUUCUCCGUCAUUCAUAAUUAGUGUACUCAAUUCAGUCGUCUCCUACCUCGUGAUAACCUUACAGUUCCAGCUGCUCGAGAGGCAGCCGAAGACUGAAGCCACUACAGCUCCCUCAGUAGCAGCAGACCCAAUCGAGUGAUCGCCCUUGACUCCAUCUGCCACACACUCAGGAUCUUUAUGUCCCAUGGUCCCACUAGGGGGUAGUUCCGUCAGUGUACCUCAAGCGGUGUGCUGUAGGCAUUACUUAAGGUUCUUUGCAGCAUCCCCUCGCCCCCCAGCUGCUAUCUUUUUCGUUCUUUUAACUUUACCACCGUUCAUAUUCUUCUCCAUCUUGCUAUCCACUCUCUCCUAACAAUUGUUUCAUAGUGC